AUGCCCGUUGAUAACAAGAGAAUUGCAGGUCCUGAAAUAACGCAGCCAGUUGUUUUGAGAGAAGAAAAACGCCUUCGAAAACCUCUGGUAACCUCGAUCGUGUUUUUUGUAUGAUUUAGUGUCUAGAAGGUGUUAAAUUGAAGAGCUUUUGUUGUAGAUCAGCAGCGAGGGUCAGCGACAAGAUGGCCGCAAAGCGGACGAGCUGCGUCCCAUGUGUAAGUUGCUUUGUUCUCUAAGAACAUCAUUCAUUAAAGUUUGAAAACAAUUUAACUUUAAAUUUUUUUUAAAGAUUACGUUAUAGACAUUAAACGCAAAAUUGAAUCAACACUACUAAAAUUUGUUGCAUUGUUUUAAUUGAAAAAAUUAAAAUAGAAUGUUAGAUUCGACUAUCAGCUGCUGAUCGGGAAAUAAGCCCUCGCUCCUCUCUCGAGCAGUCUUCUCGGGAGAACCGAGAGAGUGACCGAAAUCGAGCCCAAUAAAAUAUAGGAAAGUGAAAGUUUUGUCCAGUUUUUCUGACUAUAAUGUACAUGUAUGACUGAAUUUGAUUUCCAUUUUUUUUCCAGUUUUGCGGUCAGGAGUGGUAAGUCAAGCAAGGGGAUCAGCUUAUAUUGAGAUGCAAAGAACCAAGGUUACAUGUGCAGUGUAUCCUUUUGCUGAACUACCAACAGCACAUGUCACUUGAAUGUUGGCUUCUUGGGGUAUCAGUAAGCUUCCACUGAUAAAACUGUCCUUGACCAUAUAAAAGUAUGGGAUAAUUAUUUUAGAGCUUUACUCAGGGCACUUAGACCUAUAAUGGAAGGUUGACUUUGACCAUGAGACAUAAGAAGGGACCUAAAGACCUUUUGAAAGGCAGUAUUUUGUCUCUAAACUUCAUCUUACCUACGUGUGCCAGUUUGACUUUAACAGAAACUCAGAUAUGGCCCCAGAGAGUCGUCAAGACAACAAGAAUUUCGUCAAAAGGUACAACUGGUAGUAGAUAAUGUUAUAUUCUUCAAAGUUUAAACUUAUUCUUUAUCUGAAAAUUUAACUAAAUUAAUAAUACUUAUAUAUUAAAGAUGGUGAUUUUUUGGACAUGCAUUUGUUUUUUAUAAUCAGGAUAAAAAGUUUAAAAUUGACAUGAGAAUAAAUUAUCUUCUGAGGCAGUCCAUGUUUUCUUUGUUAGGGGAAACUCACGUGUGAAUUUAAAUUUGCACCAUUUUCUUGCUGGCAGAGAAGACAACAUAUACAGGUACUGACUGAGUACCACAUCUUUUAUUGUAGUUCUGAUUAUCAGUUUAGGUAUUGGGAUGUUGUGCUUCAUUCACUUUUUUUCUGUACAAUUCUGAAAUAAGUUUAAUUUUAUUUGGUUGUCAUAGUAUAACCAGAAAAAACAAAACAACAACGAAAAAAAAACAACAAUAACAACAACAAUGUGACACUGAACACCUAAUGUGAUAGUAAUUUUUUUCUUCUGAGCUGCCUGUGUUUCUGACUGAAUAACAUUUCCCUUGUGUAUUCACCCUGGGCAUUAUAAUAAUAUUCACCAUCCCGUUUCUAUCAUGUACAUGAGCACACAUCGACAUUCCAGAUCUAGCAGCUUGCAGGAUGUUUGACACUUGAACUAAGUUUACAGGCCCUAGCUUUCACAAGUCUCAUGUAGCUUAGCGGUGUAGCUCUGGCUAUAGUAGCCAGAGGGUCUCCUCUUUUGGACAACUCAAAUUUUUUCUUCUGAGUGGCGUACUGUCACUGACUGAAUAACAUCUCUAAAAUAUUAUACAUGGAGGAAUGCCUGUUGUGGUCCAAUUAAUAAAUCAUGGCAAAGAUUAGGCCAUUCAAGCAAGCCACAAAACCAGAAAAUUAAAAUGUAAGCUUGCGGUGUAAUUUUCUCAUGCCCAAUGUUUUCAUCAGGAUUCAGAAGAGAAAGAGUUUUCCUCUUUUGUUGUGCAAGCCUUGGAGCCAGCUGUUUGCCUGGUAAGAUUAAUUUUUCUGCUGGUGUUUGUGGUUUAA